UCCUAGUGAGCACACACCCCCUAGUUUACAAAGGAGCACAACAAGCUAGCUACUACUACUACUAAUGUCUUUGUGCAGACAAUGGUCACAAGAUUAAGAGUUUAACAGACUUUCAAGCGUGUCGUAAAUGUUCUAAAGAUGUCUCUACGCUGUGUGAGCAAAUGUAUGGUUGGCAGGCCUCGUUUCAAAGUCUAUUCUCUUGUCAUUAUUGGUAUUAUAUUUGGAUUCUCAAUCUCAACUAUGAUUCAAAGACUAGACUUGAGCUAUCUCCGGUCAGUACCACAAAGCAAGAUGCAGAAACUAGAAGACUUGAGACGUAUGAGCAGCGCUAAUAAAAGAGUUGAAUUUGCAAACUUCGAUGAGUAUGAACCACAAAUCGAUCUUGGAGUGGUCGACGAAUAUGAAAUGAAUCAAGAUCAAUCAAAACUGGACCAACUUUCUCAGGAAAUGUUUGAUAAUGCAGCACAAGACAAUAAUGAAGACAACAAUGAAGUACCACGUGUACGUGUCAAGUCAUUACCCUCAGUACCUCCUGAGAUACCUAAAGAUGUCAAAAUGAAACAGUUGGAGUACAGAAGUGACAAUUGGCAAGGCCGGAAUGUGCGUGAAACUAUAAACGAUGGACUACCUCCGAAUAAACUAGCGGACGAACUACACCCUCGGAAGACUUAUGUAGUCGCUGUUAUCACCACGGUAACCCAACUGAUGUCACAAACGCUAGCUAUUCACGGGACAUGGGGACCAGAGGCCCUUCAUGUCAUGUAUUUUGUUGGUGAAGUCAACCCCAUGCCUCACUUACCACAUGGAAUGAACGUCAUACAACUCGAGGGCAUUGAUGACAAAUUAGGAGGCUGGGAGUUGAAGGAAUUUACAGUGAUCAAGUAUCUAAUAGAUAAUUACCUCGAUACAGUGGAUUGGUUUGUUGUCGUGGGUGAUGAAACGUAUGUGGUGACGGACAGUUUAGAGAAGAGGCUCAACAAACUUGACUCGAGUGUAUCAGCGUACCUGGGCCGCCCUGGUGAUGCCUCAGACGACGAUCAGAGUCUACUCUGUGACCGUGAGCCGGGAGUCAUCUAUAGCAAGGGAUUGUUUGAACGUCUCAAGCCCUAUCUCCCUCUGUGCUGGCCAGGACAAGGAGACAUGAACUCCAUCAGUGGUUGUAUAUCAGUAAUGGGGCUGAGGUGCUCACAAGCUAAAGAGACUCAGGACCUCUUUGUUACUGAUGCCAAAGUACUACUGGAAUCCUCUAAGCUAUUCUCAAUGAAGCAACUAUCUCAAGCCCUCAUCAUUCAUCCUGUCAAAUAUCCAAAGUACAUGUACCGUCUGCACAGCUACUUCAAAGAGCUAGAAUACAAUGCUUCCAUGAGCAAUGCUAAAUCUCUGAUGGCCACCCUCAAAAGCACACAUCCGUUCAUCCCUUCCCACAUGAGGUCAACAUUCACGCCCACGGACUGCACACAACCCUCACAAAAGUACACCCCCACCCCCUCACCUGCAAACCCCGCCCCCUCAGAUCAUGCCGUUAGCGUACGUCCUCGUCAUGUACCAAAGAAUAAAUUCGAAAUAAAUUACUGGGAAUAUUUCAAUCAAACUCGACUCAUGACCAUCAUGAAUGAGUCACCAGCCCGCGGUAUUAUCGGAGGCUUAAGAGAAGAAGCCAGGUACUCGCUAACCAAGGCGAUAUAUCUGGCCAAUCAAGGCGUGCCUCAGGGGAAACGAUUUGUGUUUGAUAAACUCGAGAAUGGCUAUCACAGAGUUGACCCCAUGAGGGGUUCAGAGUUCAUUCUAGACUUUGUUUUUCAUCGAGUUUCGGAUAAAUCAAGAAAAAUCAAGAAAAGGCUCUCAAUUUUGCGACCUUACCAUGAAACAGUGGUCCCUGUUGAAACACCCGAAACCUUACCAACAGUUAAUUUUGUUGUAACCCUUUCUGGACUGAGUAAUCGAUUGGACCAUUUUUUGAAAGAGUACGAACGUAACGUGCUACAACUGCGUGAAGAUGCUACCCUAACCGUCGUACUAUUUGAUUCGCCGGACGCCUCUAAAGUACGUGUGAUGAUUCAACAGUAUAUGACUCGCUAUGAAGGAGCUAGAAUGGUUGUCGUGGAUGUUCCCGGGAAAUUUGCGCGAGGAGUGGGUUUGGAUAUUGGUGUCAAAAAGUUCGAGGAUAAUCAACUUGUGUUUUUAGUCGAUGUUGAUUUGGACAUUUCAACUGAUUUUCUGCAACGCUGUCGUUUAAACACUAUACAGGGAAAACAAGUCUAUUUCCCCGUAUUUUUCAAGCUAUAUAACCCCGAUUUUGUCAACAAGUAUCACCGUGGUAACGCGUCCCUCCAAAUAACACGGCACAAAGGUCACUGGGCGCACUAUUCGUACGGUAUGGUUUGUAUGUACUCGUCCGACUAUCGAAAAUCUGGCGGUUUUGACACAUCAAUGAAAGGUUGGGGGGAGGAAGAUGUCGACCUUUUGAACAAAGUCAUGAGAAGUGGACUAGAAGUGUUCCGAGCACCAGACCCCGGGCUUAUACACAAUUGGCACACGAAAAACUGCAAUAAAGACACAAUUACAAACGGUGCUGCAUACGAACAUUGUCUGCAGUCAAAGGGUGAGAAUUUAGCGGACAGAGUUGAGCUAUCGCAAUACGUGUUUCAGAAUGAACUACGAAAUGGAAAUGUGUUAUAACCUCUGUUGUGUUUUAGUUUAAUAUUUAUUUAUUUGUGUUCAGUCAACUUUAUCGUAUGCAUUGAGCCUGACGAUCAACAUUGUAUUAUGAAUUAUGUUAGCUUAUUUCAAUGGCACUAUUUGUACGUAUUGGCUUGUGAUCACCACCCUCUCAUAUAUUGCUGUGAUCACCACCCUCUCAUAUAUUGGCUGUGAUCACCACCCUCUCAUAUAUUGCUGUGAUCACCACCCUCUCAUAUAUUGGCUGUGAUCACCACCCUCUCAUAUAUUGGCUGUGAUCACCACCCUCUCAUUAUGUAUGAUCAUCAUGAACAUGGUUAUGUUUAAUUGACAAAUA